UGGCUGGGUGAGCUAAUGGUAAUCACGUGCAUUAUUGUAGACCUCAGCUCAAAAUGUCUGGAGAGAACCAACCUCUUACAAGUCCUCCUGGUGGCCAAACAAUUGUUAUUACUCAGCCGCCAACGUUUGUGGUGUACGAGCGUCGUUUUGGAACUGGUGAUCACUAUCUUCUCCUGUCCAUCAUCAUCUCCAUAGUCUGCUUCCUGUUCUGUGGAUGGCUCACACUCAUUUGCACUAUUCCAGCCAUUUUAUUUGCACUUUCUGCGCAAGAUGCUGAAUCGAGAGGUGACAAUGUAACUAUGGAGAAGAAAGCCAAGACUGCUCUUAUACUUGAUAUAGCUGGCAUGAUCACUGGAGCUGUCAGCUUUGCCUGUUUUGUCAUAAUUGUUAUCUUUAACAGUUAAGAAAAACAUUUUGUGUGUUGUUAAUCAAUGAAUUUUAAAUAGAGUCAAUUCAAUUCCUCAUGCA